AUGCCCCCCAAAACCCUCCCCCCACCCGCCAAGCUCAACCUCAUCCUCACCUACUUCCACAGCACCCUCACCACGCACCCGCUCAAAGACCUGGAAAAGUCGCUCCCCUCCGCCGCCGGCAUCUCGCCCAUGGUCGUCAAAGACUUCCUCACAGCCCUCACCGACGAGGGUCUUGUGCGCGUCGAGAAGAUCGGGUCCGGCAACUGGUACUGGAGCUUCCCGAGCGACGCGAAGCACGCCAAGGCGCGGCUGCUGGCGCAGUUCGAGAAGGAGCUCGAGAAGCUCGAGAGGACGGUGGAGGAGGUGAAGGGGGAGCUGGAGAGCGUGGGGUUGGCGGGGGAGGAGGUGAGAGAGAGGGCGGCGCUGGCGGAGAGGGUGGUGGCGUUGGGGGCGGUGAGGGCGGCGCUGGGGGAGGAGUGGGGGAGGUGUGAUCCGGAGGAGGAGGGGAGGAGGAGGGGGGAGGUGAGGAGGAUGAGGGAGGAGAUUAAUAUGUGUAAUGAUAAUCUCUAUACGCUCGAGAGCUAUGUGAAAGAGGUGACCGGCGGGGAUAGGGAGAAGAUGGAGGCGUGCAGAAAGAUGUUUGGCAUGGAAGAUGAUCUGGAAUAUGUUUGA